CGCCCCCCAGUGGGCGGAGGGCAGCCUGCACCCGCACCUCACUGAUGUCUGGCUCCGUAACGGGACAGCAGGUUCACAAUCAUCCCGGGCUGUGAAGAUAGGAGGCGAGUAAACAGGAGUUUCUCUCUGCUUUUUAUUUACCUUUGUGCCCACUGAGAUCAAUCAGCAACCUGCAUUUCCAGACGGAAUUUGGGGUUGGGUCAAUUGAAAACUCCUUUAUCAAUUGGGGUACCCCGGCUUUUUGUUCCCGUCGGUCAUGGCUAUUGCCACCGUUGCCACGGAGUACGUCUUUUCUGACUUUUUAUUAAAGGACGCCAACGAGACCAAGUACAAGGGGGUGCGUCUGGAGCUGGCGGUGGACAAAAUAGUCACGUUUCUUGCGGCGGGGCUGCCUUUGUUUCUCAUCUCGCUGGCUUUUGCUCAAGAAGUGUCAGUGGGAACUCAGAUCAGCUGCUUUGCCCCCAGUAAAUUUUCCAUGAAACAAGCCGCGUAUGUGGACUCUUUUUGUUGGGCAGCAGUGCAGCAACAAUCUGAGAGCUCGCCGCUGUGGCUACACAAGUUCUUUCCGUACGUCUUGCUGUCCCUGGCCAUCCUGCUGUAUAUCCCCGCCUUGCUUUGGCGGUUUACCGCUGCUCCACACCUCUCCUCCGACCUCAGCUUCAUCAUGGAGGAGCUGGACCGCUUCUAUAACCGGGCCAUUAGGCUGGCCAAGAAUCUAGCAUCACUAGAUGGAAAGGAUGAGGACGAGCAGAGCGCUGCUUUGGAAAUGACCGAGGGCUGUUUUAAAUACCCAUUAGUGGAACAGUAUCUGAAGACCAAGCGAUCGUCCCGCGGCCUAGUGGUCAAAUACAUGGCCUGCCGGGGCCUGACUCUGGUGAUCCUCCUGCUGGCGUGCCUUUUCCUGGGCUACUACAUCCUGCUGGCUUCUCUCACCGACGAAUUUCCGUGUGACCUGCGGACCGGAGUGCUGAAGAACGACAGCGCGGUGCCGCCCGCCGUUCAGUGUAAGCUGGUGGCGGUGGGCGUCUUCAGGCUGCUGAGCUACAUCAACCUGGGAGUCUAUGUGCUCCUGGCUCCGCUGGUGGUGGUGGCUGCCCUCGGACCGGCCCGGCAGAGCUCCGGCUUCCUCCGGCCCUACGAGAUACUGCCCGGAUUCGGGGCUUUGGGCGUGGUCACACCCGUCUACAACGACCUCAGCAUCUAUCUGCUGUUCCUGAGAGAGAACCUGAGCCAGUUAAAGUCAUUUAAGUGUCUGCAGGUGGGUGUUCUGCCAAAGCACAGCGUUUUGGAGUACCGUUUUUGCUUUUAUAGAGCGAGUGACACUUCUGGUCAACAGGUGCUGGAGUUGUUGCAGCAGGCUGGCGACGAGGCGUUUGACGCCAUGUGCCUGCUGCGAACUCUGGGUCAGGUGAGGACGGACGUGUUGGAUAAUCACACUGCCUCAUUUCUGAAUGUUAUAGGUGAUGAGGACAAGCCAUGCUGCAAUAGAAGAGAAGAACUAGGAAGAAAAACAUGUGCACUUAUUAUCUUAGAUUACUGAUGGGACUAAACCUUCAACAUUGUCCAUCGACUGUGGUUUGAUCUUAUUACAGUUUAGCUCUUUAACCUCUUAUUUUUUCAUUCUUAUGAAAACUUCAAGGGCAACUCUGUUGGAUCUAAAGCAAUGUGCUGUAAACGGCAGUCCUUGUAUCUUUUUUCAAAUGAACUUUCUUUGAUUCUGCUUUUUUUAUGGUGCACACAAAGUUUCUAACCUUUCAAUCAAUCUAAGCCAUACUAUUUAUACUGAAUACCUCCAAGGAUGGAACACUUGAUAACACUUGCUUUAAAUGUGUUGUUAGUAUUAUAAAGUUGCGUCCCUCUGAAUUAAAGCUAAAACAAAAGUACAGAACUGAAUUUAAGGGACAGUAUGAGGUGCAGUUGUGAGAGCUUGACAAGUCACAGAAAGAAGUGGACUGGUCAGCUGUGUGGAGUUUGCAUGCUGUACAUUUGCUUGCAUGGCCUUUUUCCUUAAAAAAAGGUUUUUGUAAGUUACCUCCAUACAGUGUGGGGACACACAGGUUAUUAUGUGGCAGUAAACUGGCCAUACAUGUAAACAUGUAUUUAGUCUCUCCGUGUUCGACAGAUUAUAGAGAGAUGCUCUGUUUGGGAAAGUUUUAGCGGGGUUACAUAGUUUUUCUUUUUAAAUCCAUAGCUGUGCAGUUAACAGCAGUAGGAUUCUGUAUGUGUCUGGUAUAGUGCCAUGCAUGCAUGAUUAAGGAAGGUAAAACAAUAGGCUGAUGUUAUGUGAAAAUGAGUUUGUAUUCUUUAAGUCUGUGAAAUGUCAGUAUAAUUCCUGUCGGGGGGAAGACCCCUCGAGCCUUUAUAAGUUCUUAUACAAUUAAAGUACC